AUGAUUCCAGAAAACAUCAGCGCCAUCACUGAGCUGGCCCUUCUUGGCUUCUCCAACCACCCCCAGGCGGAGGUUCCCCUCUUCCUCCUCUUCUCGCUGACUUACCUGGUGAAUCUCUUUGGAAACACAGCAGUCAUCAUUCUGGUGGUAAUGGAGUCUUCUCUCCAGACACCCAUGUACUUUUUUCUCUGUCAUUUGGCCUUUCUCAACAUAUUUUACACCACGGCUGUCGUCCCCAAGAUGCUCUUCAAUCUCCUUGCCUCCAGGAAAGUCAUCUCCUACACCCUGUGCCUGGCCCAGACCUAUAUCUCCCUGUUCAUGGGGGCGGCCGAGUGCAUCCUUCUGGCAAUCAUGGCGCUGGACCGCUACGUGGCUGUCUGCCACCCGCUGCGGUACCUCCUCAUCAUGAACCGGUCCGUGUGCGCACAGCUGGCCGCCGGUGCCUGGACCAUCAGCUUCUUUGCCUCGGUGGUGCCCCUCUGCGUCACCAUGGCUCCCUUGUGUGGUCCGUAUGUCGUCGACCACAUCUUCUGUGAAGUGCCUGUUCUUCUCCGCAUGGUCUGCAGUGACACGUCCCUGCAGGAGGUCAUGAUGGUGGUGGGAGCGGCGGGGACCCUCUUGCUGCCCUUCCUCCUCAUCGCUCUCUCCUACCUACACAUCCUCGUGGCAGUGGCGAGGAUGCGCUCGGCCGAGGGCCGGAGAAAAGCCUUCUCCACCUGCAGCUCUCACCUGACUGUGGUGACCGUCUACUACGGUACAGGCAUGUUCAUGUACAUGAGGCCCAAGGCCCUGUCCUCAGCGGAGGGCGAUAAGGUGAUCUCACUGUUCUACGCCGUCAUCAACCCUGCACUGAACCCUCUCAUCUACAGUCUGAGGAACAAAGACAUGAAGAGAGCCUCAAAGAGACUGUUAGAAAAAUGGGCCCUGACUCACAGGCAGAAGGCCCAGCCUUGA